AUAUCCGUUUGAAAAUGACGGUGGCGUGGAGAGUGUUGGCCGCGUGCGUUGCCAGCAUUUCCAUGGCCGACUCCUACGCUCUAAAGCUGACAACUUGGCGCCUUUUACUCCACUAAUUACAAUCCCAGAGCCCCACCAAACAAAACCGAGAAUUCUCACUUUCCCUUGCUUCUGCUUUCUCUGAGUUCCUCCAUCAAGUUUGUGCGGUUUUGACAAAGCGUGCUGGGUUGCGCAUAAUGUGGUGGUUCUGGCGAAGGGGAGCGUCGGGUUUCUCAUCUUCUUCCACGGCCGAGGAGGUCACUCAUGGAAUCGACGGCUCUGGUCUCACCGCCAUCGUCACUGGAGCAUCUAGUGGCAUAGGUAGAGAAACUGCUCGUGUUCUUGCACUGCGCGGUGUGAAUGUGGUCAUGGGUGUCAGGAAUAUGGCUGCUGGUCGUGAUGCCAGAGAAGAAAUAGUGAAGGAAAUACCUAGUGCUAAGUUAGAUGCGAUGGAAUUGGAUCUCAGCUCAAUGGCAUCUGUCAGGAAAUUUGCAUCCAACUUCAAUUCAUCCGGUCGUCCACUAAACAUCCUCAUUAACAAUGCAGGAGUUAUGGGAACACCAUUCAUCUUAUCAAAAGACAACAUAGAGUUGCAGUUUGCCACAAAUCACAUAGGGCAUUUCCUUUUGACAAGUCUUUUACUGGAUAACAUGAAGAAAACAGCUCGUAAAAGUAGCAGGGAAGGAAGAAUUGUGAAUGUGUCUUCACAGGGUCACCAAUUGACAUACAAUGAAGGCAUCCGCUUCAAUAAAAUCAAUGACAAAUCAGGGUACAACAGAUACAGGGCCUAUGGACAGUCAAAGCUAGCCAACAUUCUCCAUGCUAACGAGCUAGCAAGGCAGUUGAAGGAAGAUGGGGUGAAUAUGACUGUCAAUUCUCUCCACCCUGGAGUAAUCGCUACAAAUCUUUUCCGACAUAACAUUAUAUCCAAUGGUCUUAUGGCAGGACUUGGAAAACUUUUGUUCAAUAGUGUUCAGCAGGGGGCUGCAACGACAUGCUACGUGGCGCUGCAUCCUCAAGUCAAGGGUGUCGGUGGUGAAUACUUUUCGGACAGUAACUUGGCUGAGAUGUCCUCAAAGGGCAAAGACGUUGAGUUGGCCAGGAAACUAUGGGAUUUUAGCAUGAAUUUGGUCAAGUGAUGCAUUUGGGAUCCGCCUUGCACUGCUAUGCUGGAAAACGGAACACAAGGAUUCCUUAAGCUUUUCGUAUUAUCUAGCGACUUCAACUUCAAUCCGUGACCAUGGAUUGAGAGAUGUAACUUAGUAACAGCAAGCUGUGCUGAUGAUAAGCUGAAACUUUGUCAGCGGUGUGGUUGCAUUGAUGGCUACGGCUUUGCGUGUAUCGACAUUGAUCUCUAAACGAUUCUACAAGCUGGCUGAAAGAUUAUUUGAACACCAUUAGUGUCAACUCUUGCUCA